CAUUGUGGGAAUGUAAACUUCCGGCUGUUCUAAAUUUUUGAAAGAAAAUGUUCUUUGGAAAAACAAUUUUACUGUUCUUGCUUAAUUUAUGGAGUUAAAUGCAGAUGAAAUGCAAAAUGGAACUUAUUUUCCCCUGUGCAAUGAUGUCACUAGCAAAGGAUGAAGAGAUAAAGUAAACAAAAAGCACUUACAAAGCUCAUAUCAAGUGUCCAGUAUGGCAGAUGACGGCGAUUGGAUCCCCAGUAAAGAGCCCAGACUCCAACCCAAGACUGCUGCCGGGGCCAGACUGGAAGAUGGAGAUGCUGUGGCCCAGCGUUCUGCCCAGCAGAGGAGGAUGGUGGCGAGAUGGAGCAAAGAGGAGUUAGAGGACAAAUAUCUUAGGAUGUAUGAGGAGAACUUACUGCUCAAGAAACAUGCAAGGAAACAAGAAGACAAGAUAAAAAGGAUGGCCACCAAGUUGCUCAGGUUAGUCAGUGAUAAGAAGAAAGCACAGCAAGAACCUGGAGCAAAAAGAGUCCGCGACAUAGAAACGGAGGAAAUGUUGGAGGAACUCCAUGGAAAAAUCAGAAAUUUGGAAAAAGAAAACGGCCUCUUGAAAGAGAAGCUGAUGGUAACCAAGCAGCAACUUAGCACGCAGGGGAAACGGAAUACUCCAUACAGUCAUGUGGAAUCCAGAAUAAACACCGGAAUCCCCAAGCCUCCCACCUCAGAGAGGAUAACACGGAACCUAAGAGUGGCUGGGCCAAGAGAGUCACAAAGGUCUGUUCACAGCCCAGGACUUCCCAGAUAUGGACACAGUCUUUUAGAAGAAGCUAGAGCAGAAAAUAGGCACCUAGAGGGGGUGAUUGAACAGCAAAAUGAACAGAUCAAUAUUUAUGAACAGGACAUUGAGUUUUUGAGGGAGCAGCUUAGAGUAAAAGAGGCAGAGUUUGAGGAGGAUUUGCUGAGGAUAAAGCAACAGAUGUCUGCUGAACAAAGAGUAACUCUGCAAGAAAAUGUGGACUUAAUCAGGCUGCAGAGGGAGGUUAAAGACAAAGCCACAAAACUCACCUCACUGCAGGAGAAAUACACCAGGAUGGAAGAGAACCUGCGCACUGUUAAGUCCAGCCAUGACCAAGUUCUUCGGGAAAUGGAGGCUCUAAACCAGCAAUUGAAGCAGGAAGAAAACCGGGUGAUGUCACUGCAGAAUGAGCUCAAACUUGGCAGCACAAGUCGGAGGAAAAUUGUGGAACUUGAAGAACAGAUAAUUGAUUUGAAGAAAGAAAGUGAAAUUUUGAAAGAGGCUAAUGAGAAACUAGUUUCUAGUGCCUUUGACCUUGAGCGAGAACGGGAGUGGCGGCAGCGGGAGCAGGCCCUCAAAGUCCAGAUUGCUCAGUUAGACGCCACUCUCAAAGCAGACGUCGGAGAAAAGGGUGGAAUAUUAGACAGGUUAUCUCAUGAAAGAGAAACGAAUGAACGCCUGGAAAAGGAGCUUCGUGAUCUCAACCUUCAGCACCUUCAGCUUAAAGAGCAGCACGAUGAACUGAAAGAGAAGAUGAAGUUCUUCACCAAGGAAAGUGCCAUAGACUUCAGUGAAAUAGAAGAAGCAUUGGUCCUUGUGAAACAGAAGAAGGAGAAGAAAGCACACCUGGAGCUAGAGUUUCUGGAGAGAGUGGAUGAAGAGAAAAAUAAAGAUUUGGAGAAGCAAGUAGUACUGCUGCAGGCAGAACAUGCAGAGACGAUAGAUGAGUUGGAGAAAACUAGAAAUAUGCUGAUUGUACAACAUAAGAUUAACAAGGAUUACCAGAUGGAGGUGGAGGCUGUCACCAAGAAGAUGGAAGAGAACAGACUAGAGUUUGACACCAAACUGGACGAGUAUGCUCGCCUGCUGGACAUACGAGCAGCUCGGAUUAAGAAAUUAGAGUCUCAGCUGAAGGACAUUGCCUAUGGCACCAGGCAGUACAGAAUACCUCCCAGAGAGGAAGGAAUGGAAGAGUCUGAAGUUGAGGAAUUUGACGAGAGCCUGCAUUUGCAGAGAGGAGAGAAUCUCUUUGAAAUACACAUCUCUAAGGUCACUCUCAGUUCUGAGGGGCUGAAACAACUGGGUGAUGAGGCGCCAUCUAUAUUCUGUACCUAUGAUUUCUAUGAGUUUGAUACCCAGUCCACUGCUGUGAUGAAGGGGGCAGUUGCAGACUUUGAGUUCACAUACCAGUUUGUGGUAAAAGUGGAUGAUUUCUUCUUGCAUUAUGUACAAAAGGAUUCUACCACAGUAGAACUUCACCAGGCAUUUGGCACAAACUAUCAGACUGUAGCUGCUGGCCAGCUCAAGUUUAGAGACAUCUUUGACAAACCACACGGCCGCGUGCACGGCUCCAUACAGCUAGCAGGAGUGGGUGAGGGUGCCGUAGGUUUGCUCUAUGGUACCUUGGACUACUGGGUCAGGCUGAAGGUACCUAUGGACCAGGCACUGAGAUUAUACAAGGAAAGAACCAAGGCCUUGGGUUACAUAGAAUCCAAUGUCAGAGCCACGGAGACGGCCCUGAAGACGCUGGAUGACAGCAGUGUCAACAGAGCCGAGGACAAUGUCAAUGAACUCCAUGUCAAGGUCCUCAAGUGCACAGGGGUCAAGGCCAGGAGAGGAGAAGUACAGCCAUCACCUUAUGUGGUGUACAAGUUCUUUGACUUUCCUGACCACGACACGUCCAUUGUACAGAGUAGCAAUAAUCCAAACUUCAGUGACCACAAGACAUUCCCUGUUCCAAUGACUGCUGAUUUAGACAUCUAUCUCAAGUCACAGCACCUGCAAGUAUAUGUGUUUGAUGACACGGAUCCAGAGGAGGCGGCUUAUCUUGGCAUGGCCUCUGUUCCACUUCUGCCCCUGUCACAUGAUAAAGCCAUCAAGGGGAUAUUUGAACUCCAUGCGCCUGAUGGUACAGUCAAUGGAACAGUGGAUGUUCAGCUGAAAUGGCAGUAUACCUAUCUGCCUCCCAGUAUAUCUACCAAGACACCAGCACAGAUCCUUGCCACCACCCCCAUGAAGCCAGAGAAGGUGCCUCUGCUUCAUGGGGAAGACCUGACAGUGGCCAGUCCAGUGAUUGCAGCCGCACCCCACAGCAUACUGAAGACGCCUAAGCCUCCAGGUAGUAGAGGACCGGCUGCAGCUUCCACACCACUCCCGGCAGCCCGGGACCAAGGGAGACCACUCCAGUCCUUGGAUAAUAGCAUGGGUGAUACAUUGGAACCCUUGGCAGCACCAAGGAAGAAAAAAGACCAUGUGGGUUUUGCUGAUGAUGUAGAAACCCCAGUCAAGCAGCCUCACCCACCUCAGCCACACCCUCCUCAGCCCCCAGAGAGACAUCACCCAGUUCCUCCAGAAAAACCCACCAGGCACCCACCAGAGAAGGCCACGCCCACCAAACCCACCCCACUCCCCCGGGGACACCCUGACACUGACCAGACAACCCCUAAAACUGUUGAUGAGGAAGAAGAGGAGGAGGAGAUGUCAGAAGUGUCAGAACUCUCCAGUGAAGGGGUGGUGGCAGGUGGCACUACAAGUGGAGGGCAACAAGACAAGCCUGAGGAUAUAGCUGAGGAGGAGAUGGAAGUUUCAGCACCCCCUGCUCCAGUGAGACGCCAACUGGCAAAAGUCCAAAGAGAUUCAGGGUCAGAGGUCAAGGUGGCAUCAAGGUCAAAUGUCAAGGUCACACCUGAUGCUGAUAGGACUAUGGAAGAAGAUGAAACUGAUAAAUCUGUUGAAUCACUGACUGAAGCUGUAGGUAAAAAAGGUCAACAGAAACCAGAGCCUCCAGGAGUGAAGGAUAUUUUACAAGCUGCAGAAGAAGAAGAUGAAGAAGAUGAGGAGGAAGAAGAAUCAGAAGAUGCUGAUGACUUGAUAGCUCAGGAAUUGGGAGAAAAAGUCAAGAAAGGGAAACCUGCCCAGAGUGCUGAAGACACCAUGUUUGAAGAAGAAAGAGAUGAGGAGGAGGAGGACGAAGAAGAUUCCACCCUAGAAGAUGAAAUAGAAAUCCCUGGUGCCAAGCAGACAGUAGAGGGUGAGGAGGAGGAGGAAGAGGAGGAUUCAGACAGUGAAGGACUGGUCAUCACCCCCGCCCCCAGGGCUGCCUCAAGGUCAUCAGUGCAGGGGAACCCAGACACGGUAGUGGUGACCAUAGCUCACCUAAGCUUAGAGGAGGGGGCGUCUGCUCUCAGCAACCCUGCAGUACAGCAGCUUUUUGUGGAAUACAGGUUCCUGGGGUUCCCUGCAGAGGAACUGGAGACCCCCGUAUCACUGCCAAAACCAAAGCCUGAUCAACAGAUCUAUUUCAAUUUCAAGAAAGUGUUCCAUGUAGAUGCUCAGGACCACUACGAGAGUAGACAAUAUUUGGCCAGCAUGUUAUUACCAGAUGACCCAGAUGAAGGAAGGAUUCGUUUCACUGUGGUAAGUGAGCCUCCAGAAGAUGACGAAUCUGGUGAGUGCAAUGAUGUCGGCACAGCUUUCGUCAGUCUGACAGAGAUUCUGGAGAAGAAAGAGGACGUCAUUGACAGAGAUAUACCUAUCUAUGACAUAGAUGAGGAGAGCACAGUUAUAGGACACCUGAAUGUCACAGUGGAGUGUUAUGCUGCACUGCAUGCUGUGAAGCUAGAGAUGGACUCAGAUUAACUGGAUUCUCAGGGUACAACUGUAGGUCAAAUCUACUGUAUCCUGGUUAGGUGUAAUACAGCACUUCUUUAAGUAUGUUACCUUGGAGUUUUAAGAAAAUUUUCAUUUUCUAGCUAAAUGAAACAAAAAAUGGUAUAUUGGUAGUUUUUCUUUAUUUAUUUUUAUGCAGGAUAUUUUAUCAAAAUGAGUCCACUCAAGUUUGAUGUAACUAAUGAGACUGGAUGUGGCAUGUCAGAAACGAUAUUAUUUUAUGAUAUGCACUUCUGAACCAGUCUUGAAAACUAGCAGUUUUAGGUGCUGAGACUGACAGUAUGUAAAAUAAUGCAGUUGGUGUUUUAUAGAUGAUCUAGCCAAGGAUGCAGCAUUUCACAUAAGGUCUGUUUUAGAUAAUGAUAAGAAUGUGGACCUUUAGAAGUGAACAUCUAAGAAUACAUUUGGGACCUCCAACUGAUUUGGCCUGGAAGGUAUUAUAUUGAAAUACAUAUUUUAUGCGCUUAACUGUGUUAAGAAAACUGUGAUGAAGACUAUUGGAAUUUAUUUUGCUAUCUGAGGUCACAAUAUUUAUUGUUGCAUUUGUGCUGAAAGAGCCUACUCAUUAAAGAGAUGAACACUACUAAAUUAUGGCAUUUACUUACACUGAAAGUCAAAUUUUGUGCCUUGAAUCCUUCAUGCUGCCUAAAAGAACCAUGGUGACAAAUGCUGCACAAAAAUAUAUUUUUGAUGAUUCCAAAAUAAUAUAUAUGAAAGAUGGCAUGGUUUUUAUCAAUUUAAACUCUUUCUUCAUAAAUGUAUUCAGCCUUGAUUUUGUAGAAUUAUAAAAGAUCACAGCUUACAGUGAGAUAUUUUCUGCCUUUUAAUUUUAUACAUUUUACCACUUUCAUUCUGUUGUUGUGCCUGUCAAAAUAUGUAGUGUGUAUUAAAAUGGGUAUUCUUCAUCUCUGUCAGAUGUCAUACUAUUGUUGAUGAGAUGGACAAUAAAUAUUACAUUUUGUACGUUUUUUGUUUUUUUCAUUCAUACAAUCACAAUUUGGUGAUUAUAAAGUCAGAGAGAAGACAAAUUUUAAU